CCACUUCCUUCCCUUCUCUUCCCGUCCUGUCGAUCGCUCUGCGACCUUCAGGGACCUCCGCGAUUUUCUUUGCAUUAAGAAGUCCGUUAAACCUUUUUUUCGUCCGUAAAAAAUGUUUUCCAGACUUCUUCGAGUACAGGCUAUUGCUGCCCUACAAAAUAAUGGCAAGAACUUAUCUACAAGUGCCCAGAGCAAUGCCAAAGUUGCUGUUUGUGGUGCAAGUGGAGGGAUUGGACAGCCUCUAUCACUCCUCCUGAAGCAGUCCCCAAUGGUGACUGAGCUAUCCCUUUAUGACAUUGUGCACACACCUGGUGUAGCAGCUGAUCUUAGUCAUAUUGAUUCUAACUCAAACGUAAAGGGUUUUGCUGGCCCUGAACAACUCAGGGAUGCUCUGAAGGGUGCAGAUAUAGUCAUCAUCCCUGCUGGUGUACCCCGAAAACCUGGUAUGACACGUGAUGAUCUUUUCAACACAAAUGCGUCUAUUGUGCGGGACUUGGCCCAGGCCUGUGCUGAAGCAUGCCCAAAAGCUCUUAUUGGCAUCAUUUCCAACCCUGUUAACAGCACAGUUCCUAUUGCAUCUGAAGUGCUACAGAAGGCUGGUGUCUACGACCCCAAUCGUGUGUUUGGUGUCUCUACUCUGGAUGUUGUGCGAGCUAAUGCCUUUAUUGGACAGGCUAAGAAUAUUGACCCACAGUCUGUUAAUGUGCCAGUAGUUGGUGGACAUUCUGGAGUCACCAUUAUUCCCCUCAUCUCUCAAUGCAAGCCCAGUGUCAGUUUCCCUAAUGACCAAUUGAAAGCCCUCACAGAGCGCAUCCAGGAAGCAGGCACAGAAGUUGUGAAAGCUAAGGCAGGAGCUGGCUCUGCCACACUUUCCAUGGCGUAUGCUGGUGCGAGGUUUGCCUUCUCUCUGUUGCGUGCACUGAAGGGUGAACAGAACAUUGUAGAGUGUGCCUAUGUGCGCUCCAACAUCACAGAGGCCAAGUAUUUCUCAACACCUCUGCUCCUUGGGCCUAAUGGUAUCCAAAAGAAUCUAGGCUUGGGCUCCCUGUCAGAUUUUGAGAACCAGUUGUUAAAAGCAGCAAUUCCUGAACUGAAGAAGAAUAUACAAAAGGGUGAAGACUUCGUAAACAAGAGCAAGUAGAGACUUCCAGCAACCUGCUGCACUUGCGGGUGCCACUUGCCACGCGUUGCUGCCAUUGCCAGAGUGACUGUGUGGGGUGUACAUAAUUGUAGACUGAAUACUUUGUAUAGAGAAACCAUAAAAAAAUAAAAAUGCUUAUGCACGGGUAUAUAUAUUGUACAUGAGAAAACCAUGAUCAAUCAUGAGUGACCUGAACCAAACCCAAUUGUAUUGUUAUUUAAAUAAAUGAAAAUCUUCAAGGAUCUGUCCUGGGAGACUGCUUUACACUGUUCAUUUUUGUACAUAACUACUUGUGUUUCUUGGAGUUGGCUGUUUAUGACAACAAAUGCGAACCUGUUAAUGAAAAGCCUUUUGCGAUGUUACUGAGCAGUCAAAUUGUGAGCUGUACAAACUACCUACUACUACAUUUACUAUUGAGAUAUAAAUUUCAAUUUCUGUUUGUAUUUAAAUGUUGGCUGAGAUUAGUGGUAGGAGUUGCCUUUAUGAAAAGUAAUGGGAUUAUGUGACUUCAACUAAGCUGCCCUGUCCAAAGUUAUUUCAGAGGUGUAUUAAAAUAAAAUUUAGUACCAGGUGUUUAAUGUG